AUGUUACCUCGUUCUGAUGAUGUUGGUCAUAUGACGGACGAAAGCUUAGCACCUUUUCACCAGAAUCGAAGGAGAUCGCCUCGGAAACAGCGUCAGCAUGAAUGCUCCAGUAAAGCCAAUCGACAGCUGGUCAAGUGGAAUCCGCUGUCGUCUUCUGGUGGAGCCGACCUUCGAAUCUCUUCACCCAACAUUUUCACUCGAAAUGGAAGUAAGCUCAACAAUUGUGAAACAAGAGAUUCCUGGAAGCGCAACUUUUCUUCGCAUGUAUGA